AUGGGCGGUUGGAAAACCCAGGAGUGGCGGAUCGAGCCUAUUGUGAAGCCCGCGUCCGUCUCCAUCUGGGGACAGUACGACGAGAUGAGUGACCCCAGUGACCCCAGAUCCAGAGGGAACAAUGUCUCGUCGCUUCUGAACGACAAGGACUCAACAAUUCCACUAGUAAUGGGCCUAUCGAUUGCGCCGCCCGAGCCUGAGAUGUCUGACGAUAAGAUCAAGUCUUUUGAUGUUGUAGAGGACGGUAAGCAGUAUGUCUUUGGUAAUGAGCCGACACCGAAAUUUCCGGGCGUGACGGUCGUGUCGGAUAAGGCGUGGACACCGCGGGCAGCGAGCAAGGAGGAAAGCUGGAAGGAUGUGCCGGAAGUUUGGAAGGGGAAGAGGAAGAGGGAGAAGCCAGCCUUUGAUCCAGCGCAAGUGGUGAAUAUGUGGGCGGCUAAGAUGGAGUUUCCAGAUGGGCAGAUUACUGGUGCUAGGCCCUCAAAGUUGCUGGAGCGCUUUGAGAAUAUGGUGCCUGCGUUGCCAAUGGUUGCUGUGGGUAAGUAA